GAGGAGCCCAGCUGUUGAUUCUGUAGGAUUAGUUGUCUGAGGUUGGCGUCGUGUAGCCGCUGCUCCGGCCAGUUGUUCAAGUGCCUUAGAGGCAAAAGGAAGGCGUGGUAUAGUGAGGGCACCGGAGGUUGAGAGUGAUUUAUAGGUGAAUCUUUGAGCGGCCAUCGUUGAUGAGGGAUUACAUUUUAUUGUGCGUUGGUAAAAGCGGCUGCAAUUGCUCGGAGAUUUGUGUCGGAUAUAUCUUCUUCAUAUACUGAUUAUGGGAAAUUAAUGAGUUCCUGUCCCUAUCUAGCUUCUUUCUGUUAUUGUCGUAAUACUGAGUUCUGUCCCUCGUCUUAUCCAUUGGAGUCUAUGGUUCAUCAAGGACUUGAGUUAAAUUGAUGCUGUUUUCUGUGAAAUUUUUAGGAUUUUGGGCUUGCCCACUGGAGUGAUGAGGUGAUUUGUCGUAUGUUAACGCAAUGUAGUAUUGGGUGUGCACACAUAGUGCAAAUGGAUAACCAAGUGGUGCCGUGUAUUUGAUUCAUAGUUUGAGUAGUUGUAACGAUUUCAUCGUAGUGUAGCAUCAACUUGACGAAAACGGAUUGUUUGCAAGUAGUGUUUAUUGUCAUUUGUAUCCCUCAACCAUUAUCUGGACUCUCAUUAACAACUUCAAACUGCUCAUGCGACUAGCAUUACAAGAACCUUGAAUGUUUAGGGCUACUGUUAUAUCUAGAUAAGAAGGCUGUAUUGUCCAAUUUGCAAAACUUAUCGAUAUAGCAUGUAAUCGCAUUUCUAAUUCAUUGAAUAGAGAGGUUAAUCAAGUUUUAACUAUUUCGUUAGGGUUUGUUUAACAAAGUUUUCCUGAUUCAAUCUAAUUAGUCGCGCGUUUUCGUACUCGUUUUGUAAGUUCAAUUAUCUAAUUAUUGUGAGUAUGAACAUUCGCUACUACCAAGGUUCCCAUGCCACUAAGAUAGUGCUGGCCUGACGUAAUGGAAGCUUGUGAACUUGCAGAAAAUUUGUAAUGACGGUAGAGCGAAGUCCAAGUUGAGGAGUUUGAUGAAUUAGUGGAGCCGAUUUUGGCAGCAAUAUAGUAUCCAAUCGAAGGAAACACAUCCGGAGGUUUUCUCAAGCAAAGACGUCAUGAUUAGAGCACUUUCGAAUAGUAAUGACGAUUCUUUCUGGGUUAGUGAUAGUUCACGUCCUGGGGCCUACUAUCACGAAGAGGAAAUGGCCCUGAUUACAGCAGACAAGAAAACUGCAAGUGACGAAAGUAAUUCGUCUUCGUCAGGUAUAAAUUCACAAACAGCAAUUGUAAAGUGGAGAAAAAGCAGGUCUUACAACUUCAAUGAGGUAGCUACGAACCUUCUAAACACUGCUGAGAGAUUAGUGCAAGAAGCCAAUGUGAGUGACAAUGGCUACAAGCGUAACUCGAUUUCUCGGAGCGUGGCUCGAAUUGUUCUCGACCAAAGUAAUGAGGUUGUGGACACAUCAGAGGAAUACAUCACUGGAGUUGUACGACAAGUUGCUCGGUAUGCGCAGCAUGCAGGUGACGAUGAUGAAACUAGUUACUCAGCUGCUAACCAGGUCACACAGCCAAAGGGCACCACAAGCUUGGGGACCAUGGUUUCUUUUUUUGUAAUCUGGUGUGUAUCACUUUGUGCUUCACACAUAGAUAGCAAAGACAUGCCUCCUCCUGUUCUCAAACUUGCUGCUGAAGAGGUGGCGUCUGUUCUCCAGUCAAACUAAUAGACUGUUGUUUCGAAUCUAUUCACUCAAGCCCAAGUAGGUGACUGCAGGUUUUGUAAAUCUGCUCGACAACUCUGCAGUUACAAAAGUGCAAGGCUUUUAGCCCACAAGUCUACAUGUAGAGCUCGUUGUUGACUAUCAGCUGUCCAUGUGUAUUUCUACGACAUAAAUUCAAGGUGAUUUUGUAGAAGUUGGACCCUUCUUGGAUCGAGGUUUUUGCUCUUCUCGCUUAUCUUAGCUUUGCUGAAUUGAAUUUCUUAUAACAGCCUAGAUUAGAAAUGUUGGCUUUUCCGUAUUAUGGUGUUCAAGAGCUACAAGCAGUUUGUUUCUCGAUGAAAGCUUAGAGGUGGGGUUGUGAAAUGCCUAUAGUGUUCACAUUUGCUUGUUUUGAAAAGCCCGGCCAUUGGUUUUGGGUCAUGACAAGUCUCUUGAAUCAGUUUCCACAGUCGGUGUGGGUCAAUGAUUAUCAUAUCUUUCUCCA